AUGAGCGGAAGCGCGUCGUUCCGCUCUGGCAGCACACCCGCCAUCGGAACGCAGCAGCAGGGCGGCGCCGCGGGCCGCAACCUGUUCGAAACGCCGCCCGAGCUGCUGUGUCCAAUCACACGUGACCUUCUGACGGACCCUGUGCUGACCACCAGCGGCCAGGUGUACGAGCGAGCCGCCAUUGAGACGCACCUGGCGCGCGCGGCGGCGGCGGGCGCGCCGCUUACCGACCCCCUGACAAACGCGCCUCUAGACUCGGACCAACUGCUCCCCGUCUUCCCGAUGCGCAGCCGGGCAGCAGAGUACCGCGAGUCAACAGUGCGCGCAUGCGCAUCCAUCGCCGCCUCCGAGCCGCGGCGCUCCGAGGCCGUCCGCUACCUGCGCCGCGCAGCAGAGCUUGCCCUGCCACCCGCGCAGCGCCAGGCGCCCGGCCACGCGCCCAAGCGGGCUGGCGGGCGCAAGGGUGCGGCCGCGGAGGCCGACGCCGGCGGCGAGGGCCUGCUGCUGAGUGCGCCCGGGCUUUCGAUGGAGCUGGCGCGGUUUGUCGCGUCCCACCGCGGGGAGGCAUACAGCGCGGUGGCGCUCAAGUGGUUUGGAAACGAGCUGAUGCGCGGUGGCUUUCCAGACCAGGCUGCGGACGUGUUCUACAGCCUGCUUUUGGAGGAGUGUGACCGACAGCAGCAGGCAGACUACCUAUCCCUCUGCCUCGAGUGCUGGGGACACACGGCGGCCCACCAAGGCACGGCCGCCGCCCCUCUUGACAAGCUGGGUGCAGGCGGCGGCAGCGGCGGCGGCAGCGGCGGCGGCAGCGGCGGCGCAGCGCAGCCCCAAGCGGUGGAGGCUGACAGCGCGAUCGUGUCAAAGCUCGCAGAUUUCGUGGAACGGCAACGCUGCCUCAGCGCCGGUGACGUCAUCGACAUGCUGCAAGCGCCCGACGCGCUCGGACGCGCGGGCGCCCUGAGGCUCUGCGACGCCCUGCUGUCGCGCGCUGCCGCCGCCACUGCUGCAGGGGGUGUGGGUGGCGGCAGCGGCAGCGACUCGCGACGCGGCAGCCAGGCGGAUGGCGGCACACAGGGGCAGUCAGAGUUGGGCAGGUCUGUUGAGCUAUUGGUGCGGUAUGCACGGCUGAGCUCAGCAGAGGCGGCAGAAAGCACGCUGCUUGCGCUGAGGCCGCAGCAGGGCGAGCAGCAAGCCCCUGCCGCGGCCAAGGUCGGGGAUGACAGCGGCACGCGGCGCCGCUUUGGCGGCGAGCGAGCACAGCGGGUGCGCGCCGCGCUUUCGAGCGGCCCUGCGCGCGCGGCGGCGUCUGCGGUGCUGGCGGUGGCGUCGCUGGCUGGCGGUGGCGGGGUAGCUGUGCGCGUCGCGCGGCUGCUGCCGCUGCUGAUGCUGCUUCAUACGUCUGGCCGCCCUUCUGCGUGA